GUUCUCGAAGCUCGAGACGAAAAACUCCACUCGUUGGACACAGAAAUCUUGAAUAUGGGACAACAACAGGUGAAAGCCAAUAAGCAAGUGGAGGAUUUGAGAAAGACAAAAAAGAAAAUGCAAGUCAAAUGUGAAAAGCUGGAGAACAUAGUGGAUGAUCAGAAGACUAAGCUGACAAUGACAGAGAAGAAGAUUGAAGAGCUUAGCAAAGUAGUCGAAGAAUAUAAACGUAGAGACAGUCUUGGACUCUYUGAUGAUUCAGAAGAAGAAUCAGACCUUAGCAGYAGUACGUCUUCACCCUCGUUCGGUGACCUGUCGACAAAACGAAAARCACGGAAAAAGAAAAGAACAAAGGCUGAAAAAGCAGCACAAAAACGAAAGCAAAAAGAAAUGAAGGGUGGUAAAAAGAAGUCUGAAAAAUACGAGAAACGAGGGGCUCAGAAGUCUGAUGAAGAAGAAAAAGUAGACUCUCAAGCGGAUGUACGAAAAGAAGAAACAAAGUCAGAACAGAUUGUGAUAAGACCAGUCGAUAUUGAAAACUCAGAGAUCUACCAAAACCUGAACGCAAAAUUUAAACAAGUCUGCAAUGAGCUCCAUGUCGAGCGGGAAAAACUGGCUCAAACAGAGAAAGAGUUUGAAAAACUAAAGAAAAAAAAGAUCAAAUACAUUCAAGAAAAGGUCGACCGAAAGAUUGAAAUGGAGCAACUGAUUCGAAAGCAAGAAGUCGAAACAGAAGAACUACGAGAUAAAAUUGCAAACUUUGAAAUGGAGACGAAGAAGCUGAAGAGUGAAGUUGAGAGCAAUGAAGAAAUGAUUCAGUACCAGGAGAAGCGUAUCACUCAAUAUACUGAAGAAAUCCAACAUUUAGAAGAUCGGGUGAUGGGCUCCUUACCAGAAACCCCGGCCAUGAGUUCCAAUAGCUUCGCGCAGACAGGAGCUAGUCGUCGUGGAAGAAGAACACUCGAGCCCCCGACCGCCCGCCAAAUGAUGACUAAAAUAAAACAACAAUAUGAAUCAGAGAUACAGAGUCUGAAGGACUUCUUGGCCAAGGAAAAUUAUCGGUAUCAAGCAGACUCAAGACGCAAAGAACAAGAACACAAGAGAGAUAUACAGAAUAUUCAUAAAGAGUCGUUGCAGGUGUUGAGAUGCAUCAAUCGAUUCAAGGAAGGAGCAGCCAAUCUAUUAGACCGCGAAAACCUUUCUGCAGAGGCAUAUGCCAUGAGGAUGUUACCUCCACUAACAAUGGAUGAAUCACCAGCAGAGAUCAGACAAAUGCUGGCUAAAAUGGCUAUCCUUUGUAAUGAACUGCUCAUCUCUAUGGAGCUUCAGCUGUCCAAGGCUUUGAUGAGCAAGCGAUUGGAGGUAAAAGACACAUCCAACGCACGUACAAUCUAUCAGAAGAAACUGGAGAGUCAGGCAGCUGCUCUUCGUAAAGCCAAAGAUGUGGGCGCCCGGCAGGCCCACAAGCUGAAGACUGCUAGAGAAGAGAUGGUUGAGUAUGAAGCUCAGGCAUUUAGGUUUAAACUACRAGAGGGAGAAAAGAAAGAGGUAUUGGAGGAGCGCUACAAGGAACUAUACAGUGAAUAUAUGGCGCUGAGAAAAGAAGGAAUAGCAGCUCGUAAAUUAGAAAGAACAGAACGAGAAAAAGACGAAGAGAUCAACAGAAAAGAAGCACUCAUCAUGAAGCAGAUGCGAAAGGAGAAGGCGUUACAACGAGCAUUAGACGAACAAAGAAAGAUAAUAGCAAACCUAACAUCAGCGUGGCAGAUGAGACGUUUUGGCCAAUACUACAUCACAAAAUCCGAACAGGUGCAAAAUCUAGAGACACUCAAAGAAGCUUUGCACGAUGAUCGAAUAAGAAGAGGAUCAUAUGAGAUGACAACUAAUCUUAUCAAAGAAGCAAUAGAACUGCCAAAGAGGCGCUUUAUCGAGUUGGUUCAAAAAUACUACCGUCAAGUGAAGUUGAAAGUAAUGCAAGAACGAGUAAAGAGAGCGAGACUAGAGGAAAACCUGGGAGAUAAAUUUGUCUACAUACUGACUCGCCUCAGCCAAGAGGCAGAUAUACUCCUUUCCCAGCCUAAAGUACUAACGGUACGUGCAGGGGAGACCCAAGAAAUUUCUACUGGUAUACCAGACUUGUUUGAAGCAGUCAAGAUACUCAAAGCAAGAGAAAGGGCAAAGGAAAUGAUGACGACGACGAGAGAAGCCUCAAGGAUUCCUGGGGAAAUAAGUCCACCCAUGGGAGUCAAGAUCCAAUACUCGGGUCAUGAUCACGCGUGGAAACUAAAGAACAAGCCAUCUCCUUCUCAAGUGGUCAUAGCAACGCCUCGAAUACUGGACCUCGACGUAAACAUGACACGAAUUGCUGCUCAUCAGAUUCUUUCUCACGUAAGCAAGAUGUCGUGGAAUCAAGCUUCACAGAGUCUACCCUCGCUUAAAACUGUCACAUCAAGAAAAUUCCCAGCAAUUCAAAAAUCCUUGAGUCAGCCGGCACCAAGGAGAGAAAAUCUCUUGGGGGAAAAGAGAGCCUUGGCGCUUCCACCAAUCGCCACAUUCUACUCCUCAGAAGAUAUACAGCAGCAGAAAUACACGAAAAUCAAGCAAUGAAUAAAGACGAAAUAUGUAUUCGAAAUCUACUCGUUUUAUU